CCCACAAGCACCUGCUACUGAUGCCUACAAGGCGCGAUCCAUGCCAGCAUUGCCGAAGACAUCACCUGAAAUGUGACGACAGCCGCCCAGCAUGCACCAGAUGUCGAACCUCUGGACGAAGAUGCAUCCGCUCGCGACCCAAGCUGAGAUUCCUCAACAGCACGAGUGCUGAGUACGAGCAUGCCUCGGGAGGACAGAAGCAGCGCAGUCUAACUACAUCAGAUGUAUCGUUCGAUUAUGUCGACGAAACACCCGCCGUGGCAGCUCUAUACCAGCAUGAACCUUCACACCCAUCAAUAUCAGCACCACAGCCCAUCACCAGCCCUACAAAAACACCUCUCAUCCCAUGCACCACACCAUCCCCAAACACAUUCCUCGAGCCCAACCCCUCUCCCACAGUCAUACAUCCACCCCAAGCCCACCUCACUCUAGAAGAAGCCUGCCUUCUCCGCUACUUCUCCGAAACCCUAGGUAAAUGGUUCGACAUCGGCGACCCCUCCCAAAGCUUCACGAAUAUCGUCCCCCAACGCGCGCGGACAAGCCCACCACUCCUCGACGCCGUCCUCUCCACCUCAGCCCGCCACUUCAGCACUCUUCCACAAGACCAACAACUACAAAUCACGCGCCGAUAUGGCCUCCCCCAUGGCCUCACAAUCGAUGAACCCACCACUCUGCACUAUCAUAACCGAUGCAUCGCGCAUCUCCGCUCCGUGAGCACCGAGCCGAAUGCCAUUCUGGAUGAGACUCUCCUUGCCGCGGUGGUGACGUUGAGGUUUUAUGAGGAACUGGAUACGCCCUUCCAUCCCCACCCCACCACUACCGCUAUCCGUGGCUUGCAGGUGUUUCUUGAAGCGCAGGCCCGGCCGACGCUUAGUCUUACGGGUGAUCGUUCUACUUCUUGGGGUUUGCGGCAGAGUGCGUUCUGGGUAGGCGUGCGCCAAGAAUUCCAUAUGGCGUUUACGCAGCAGCGGCCUUUCCGGAUUCCACUGGGUAUAUUGGAUUUGUAUCCUGCUCCGCAGGCUACGUCGGGGGAUCAUGAGUGGGUGAAUGCGUUGUUGAUAUUAGCUGCGCAUGUGAUUCAGUUUUGUUUUGAUGAGGGGGCGGCGAGGAGUGUGAGUGCUUAUAAAGGGCUGGUGGAGAGGAGGGAUGAGUGGGUGAGGAUGUGUCCGGGGUCAUUUAGGGCGGUUUAUUCUGAUGAUGGUGGUGAUGGUGGGAGAUUCCCGAAUAGGUGGUAUUUGGAUGGAUGUCAUAUUGUGGCGGCGCAGAGUUUGGGGUUUAUUCGUAUACUGUUGGCGAUGUAUAAUCCUUUGUUAUUUGGGGUGAGGGUUGGGAGGAGUAUGAUGAUGGUGAUGGAGAAGGAGGUCAAGGAGGCUGUGUGGGAGGUUUGUGGCGUGGCGGUAUCGAAUCGGCAGUCGCCUGCUGGGAUGGUGAUUGCGUCGUUUGCGGUGGUGGUGUGUGCGGAGUGGUUUGAUGAUGAGGGGGAGAGGGAAAGGUUGAGUGGGUUUGUGAAGGAGAUGAGGAGGGAGUGUAAUUAUUGGCCUGGGGUGGAGAUGGAGAGGAGAUUGAAGAGGAUGUGGAGUAGUCGGGGUGGAUAG